CUCAGUUUUGGAGCUUUCCUGGGGAUCAUUGGCAUCCACCUGGUAGAGAACCGCAGACCCAUGCUGGUGGCGGCGAUAAUCGUCAUCAGUAUCGGAAUCAUCGCGUCGUUCGUCUGUGCCAUUGUUGACGGGAUCAUCGCCUCUGAGUUCAUAGACAUCAGGCCCGUGGAGGAGGACAUGUGUGACUUUUACAGGAGUGAAUCAGGAUACGUGUACGACAGCUACUACUCUGAGGUGACGUGCCGCUCCUUCAACAAAGCCUGCAAGCUGAAACUGAGGAGCAACACCUGCUACUGCUGCUACCUGUACAACUGUGACAGCUCAGACUACCACCCACACUACUACGAGUUCACCAGGGUCAACGGCUGCUCUGACGUGAUCCACCUGUACCGGCUGCUCUGGACCUCCGUGGUGCUGAACAUCGUCGGCCUGUUCCUGGGCAUCAUCGACGCCGCCAUCCUCGGAGCGUACAAGGACAUGCGGAAGCCCUCUCCGGUGGUUUCCAGUCCAGCACCUCAGCCCCACAUCCUGUACAACCCCACCCAGCACAUGAUCAGCUACUCCGGGUUCUGCCCUCCGGGUCCGGCUCUGCCCGCGUACCCAAACUACCCCGUACCUCUGCAGCAUACCAGCAGCUACCAGGCACCCGCAACUCCCCAGGUGAUCCCUGAAGGAGGCCCCUGCCCCUCUGAGGAGAACCAGAACCAGAACCUUCAGCCCACUCAGGUUCCCACCCAGCUUCAGCCUCACGGGACCACCCAGGACCCCGGAGGGUUCGCGUUGACCCCUAACGCUCCAGUCCUGUACGGAUCCUCGUUCGGCCCCUUUGAGAAACCUCCUCCGUACGCCUGCUGAGCAUGGAAACUCACACACAUGCACACACACACACACACACACUGAAGAACAUCUUCCUGCAGACUCACGCAGCACAAGACUUUUGUAGAGAAAAAACCGUGAGCUUCACUGCUAAGAUUAAUUUCUUGUCUCGUGGGUUUUUAUCUGGUCACAGGUUAGGAUUAUUUUAAUUUGAUUAAAUUAUUUAAACUUUCUCA